GAGAACAUGGCCGACAAGACUCUAUGGAUUUAGAUGAUAAAUGGAGCAAUGAAUGUCACUGCAAACCCAGUGCCAACUUGAAGCCUCUUGAAAGGAGACGUAAAAGAGAACAUCAAAGAUGCUUAGCUCAUUCUUUAGUGGGAACUCCUAAUUAUAUUGCUCCUGAAGUCUUGCUCAAAACAGGUUACACACAGUUAUGUGAUUGGUGGAGCGUCGGUGUUAUUCUUUAUGAGAUGCUUGUUGGUCAACCUCCAUUUUAUGCUAACACUCCUGCUGAAACUCAGCUAAAGGUAAUUCAUUUUAACUAUUU